AUGGCGAACUUCGGACUUCAAGCAGGCUGCUCUCGUACGGCCCGGGCCUUCGCCAGCGACCGUGGAUUGCCAGCUUCGAGAUUUUUUGACAAAGUCAGCCCUCGUUCGCAGGUACCUCUUCGUGCUAUCAUGCUGUCGGUCAUCAACCAGUCACUUCUUGGGUUCAUAAACAUUGGGUCGACUGCAACAUUCAAUGCAUUCGUCAACUCUGCCGCGGUUACCUUGUAUAUCACAUAUAUCACGCCUGUCAUCCUCGGUGUCCUGAAGCGUAUGCGUGGCGAACAGAUUCCGCACGGUCCCUUCGCACUCGGCAGGGGUCGCAACAUCAUCAAUGCUGUUGCAAUAGUCUAUACACUCUUCACGAGCUUCUUCCCCUUCUAG